AUGGAACUACAGAAUCAAACAUAUUUCUCUGAGCUCUUCCUCCUGGGACUCUCAGAAGAUCUGGAACUACAGCCCCUCAUCUUUGGGCUGUUCCUCUUCAUGUACCUCGUCACCGUGUGUGGAAACCUGCUUAUCAUCCUAGCAGUUGUCACUGACCCUCACCUGCACACCCCCAUGUACUUCUUCCUCUCCCACCUGUCCUUGGCUGACAUCGGCUUCAGCACCACCACCGUCCCCAAGAUGCUGGCUAACAUCCAGACCAAUAGCAAAUCCAUCUCCUACGUGGGCUGCCUGACUCAGGUGUCUUUUUUCUUCCUUUUUGGGUGUCUGGACAGUCUCCUCCUGGCCGUGAUGGCCUAUGACCGGCUGGUGGCCAUCUGCCACCCCCUGCACUACCGGGUCAUCAUGAACCCCCGCCUCUGUGGCUUGUUGGUCUUGGUGUCAUUUUUGAUCAGCCUUCUGGACUCCCAGAUUCAUUGUUGGAUGGUGUCACAACUUAACUUCUGCACAAAUGUGGAAAUCCCUCAUUUCUUUUGUGAUGUUCCUCAACUUUUCAACCUCGCCUGUUCUGAUACUUCCACCAACAACAUUGUCAUUUUCCUUGUUGGGACGAUCUCUGGCUUUAUUCCUAUUGCAGGAAUCAUUUUUUCUUACUCUAAGAUUGUUUCCUCCAUUCUGAGGGUCUCAUCCUCAGGUGGGAAGUACAAAGCCUUCUCCACCUGCGGCUCUCACCUGUCCGUUGUUUGCUUAUUUUAUGGAACAGGCCUUGGGGUGUACCUCAGUUCAGCUGUCUCAUCUUCCCCGAGGAAGGACGCAGUGGUCUCUGUGAUGUACACUGUGGUCACCCCCAUGCUGAACCCCUUUAUCUACAGUCUGAGGAACAAAGACAUCAAGAGCGCCCUGGGGAAGGUUGUCAGCAGAAUGACCUGA